AUGCCGGACUCGGAACGUAAAACUGAGCGCCUUGCUAAUCACGCCCUGGAGCUCUUUACCGCGGGUACGGUCACGCUGACGGACUUUUUCACUGUAACGCUCUACCAUGUUCUUUGCGAUAGGUCUCUCGCAGACCGUCUCUCCGCUGAGCUUGCAGAUAUUAUGGCUGGCUAUCCAGCCAGCCUUCCCACGUGGCAGGAUCUCGAGCGAUUGCCGUUUUUGCAUGCCACAGUUAAGGAGGGUCUGAGGUUAAGCUACGGCCUCACGCACCCCCUCCCGCGCAUUUCUCCAGACUCCGACCUCCACUUCAACCAGUGGACAAUCCCCGCCGGCAUCCCAGUCGGCAUGUCAGCAUACAGCCUCCACCGAGACGCGACAACGUACCCAGAUCCGCUCGAAUUCCAGCCCGACCGAUGGCUCGCGGCCGGGCCUGCGAGCACGAAGAUGCAUCGAAACUGGGUACCUUUCAGUCGGGGAUCGAGGAACUGCUUGGGCAUGAAGCUCCACAACCCUGCUUAUAGUCUCGCGUACGCAGAAAUGUACUGGGCGCUGGCUGUGCUGUUUCGUCCGGGUGCGCCGAGGCUCGAGCUCUUCGAGACGGACGCUUCAGAUGUCACUAUGGUACUGGACUUUGUUCUCCCGAGUCCUAAGCUGGAGAUACUCCGUCGUUCCUUCCGGCCAAGUUGGCCAUUCUCACCAGUCACCAGUCACGAGUCUCACGACUCAUCAGCCACUCGAUUACUGUACAAGGCUGUAGGCAUGUCCGCCAAAGGGAAGAUGAUCGAGAUACACGAGAAGUUGAAAGCAAAAUCCAUGGAAGUCUUCAGACAAAAGCAGGGGCCACUUGUGACUGAACAGACCCUGAAUCUCAUUGAGGAAACCUUCACCGAAAUUGCUCCUCAAAAACCAUCAACUGAAGAUCUCCCUCAGUUGCCAGCGUCCAAGGUAACUGAAAAGGAUUUGAAAGCCAUCUUCGGUCUAGAAUUCGUCGACAGACCCUUCUUUAAGCUCCGACAAGAAGACCUGAUAGAGGUGCCUCCCGAGCUGGAGAAAAGGAUACGCCGUUGGGGAAGGCUCUUAGAUCAGGGUUUCGACACUGGGUCGGAGUGCCGCCUACUAAUCAACGAAUUCCUCGGGAAUGCUCUCGAACUGGAAAGAGAUAUCCUCGAAGAAGAGAGCCCAGAGGCAUCCUACCUCCCGCGAAUGCGGCUUGAGACGCUUCUCAGUUUUCCGAUAAUACACCAAGGCACUCGGAAGUUACUUGUUGGUAACGCUGACUACACGGUCAACUAUACCAGUGACACAAUGGCCACAAGCCUGGUAAUACUUCCAGAAGCCAAACACCACUCUACCAGAAGUUGCGGCAGGACCCAAUGUCUUACCUAUAUGGCAAUGGUGCAUGAGAUCCGCAAAGCACAGGGUUAUGUCAACACUGUGGUCUAUGGGAUUGUCUCCGAUGGUUCCAGCUUCGAGUUUCUCAGAAUCGAUAACGACACCAAAUGGUCUGAAUGGGCUCCACCGACGAGGUGGACGGAAUCAACAAAAAAGAGAAUAUACACUGUCCUUCGGUUAGUGGUACGGAAUGCCCUACGGACUUCACCCCAGGUCUCUGCACAACCAGUCCUAGGAUUAAGUCCAGGUCAACACCCAGCGGCCGAACCCCUCAACUAUCACCUCCGUACACCAAGCCUUGAAGAUAGAUACGACUUCGAGGAUGAUUUUGGCAUGGACACGGAUCAAUAG